UAAUAUGAAAUUAGAAUCUGUAAUUAGUUGAAUCCCCCUCCAUCAUAAUGGGAGAUUUACAGACUCUGACUACUCUGCUCUAGGGUUCCUAAACCCAUCAAGAAGCUGUGCAAUAAUUCUUUCUUUUACAACGUACCAACAUUUUGAUCACGCUAUCCAUUACGAAUUUCGCUUUCACUUCGCUCUCCUAACUUUUACAGCAAAAAAAAUUAGUCUCCGCAGAUAGCUUCUGCUUCUCGGAAGGUGCACAAAUCGUUGCCUGCAAGCUUGUUUCGUUAGAUACAUAAGAUGCCACGGACAAAGGCAACUGCAUUAUCUGCUGCUAAGCCAGUUGAACCUGAAAAGCCUAGUGAGCCUGAAAAGCAAGUAGAGUCUGAAGAGAAGGUUGAGCUUGAUGAAGACAAUGAUCCUGAGGAGGAGGAGAUGGAAGAAGAGGUUGAGUAUGAAGAAGUAGAGGAAGAAGAGGAAGUUGAAGAAAUUGAAGAAGAGGUCGAAGAAGAAGAAGAGGAGGUGGAAGAAGUAGAAGAGGAGGAUUCUGAUAAUGCCAAUGGAGCUGAUGCGCAGAAAAGCCUUACUGGUGGUGAGAUAAAGUUUGAAGAUGAGGAUGAGAAGAACAAGCAUGCUGAACUUCUUUCCCUUCCUCCGCAUGGUUCUGAAGUAUAUAUAGGUGGCAUUCCCCAUGAUGCUUCAGACGAGGGUUUGAGGGUAUUUUGUGAAUCUGUAGGAGAAGUUACAGAGGUUCGAAUUAUGAAAGGCAAAGAUUCAGGUGAGAACAAGGGUUUUGCAUUUGUGACCUUUAGAAGUGCAGAAUUAGCUUCUAAAGCCAUUGAUGAGCUGAAUAAUGCUGAAUUUAAGGGUAAAAAGAUAAAAUGUUCAACAUCUCAAGCAAAGCACCGUUUGUUCAUCGGUAAUGUUCCUAGAAGCUGGGGAGAGGGGGAUCUAAGGAAAGUUGUCACAGAUAUUGGGCCUGGAGUGACUGCUGUGGAUCUGGUUAAGGACAUAAAGAACACAAGCAAUAACCGGGGCUUUGCUUUUGUUGACUACUAUAACCAUGCGUGUGCUGAGUAUUCGAGGCAGAAGAUGAUGAAUCCAAAAUUUAAGCUAGGUGAUAAUGCUCCAACUGUGAGCUGGGCUGACCCCAAAAAUGCUGAUUCUUCUGCUGCUUCACAGGUGAAGGCUGUAUAUGUGAAGAAUUUACCAAAGAAUGUAUCCCAAGACCAGUUAAAGAAGCUGUUUGAACAUCAUGGGAAAAUUACAAAAGUGGUUCUGCCACCAGCAAAAUCUGGACAGGAAAAAAGUAGAAUUGGUUUUGUUCAUUUUGGAGAGAGGUCAAGUGCUAUGAAGGCACUGAAGAAUACUGAAAAAUACGAACUAGAUGGCCAAGUUUUGGAGUGUUCUCUUGCAAAACCACAGGCAGAUCAAAAGUCUGGAGGAUCAAAUUCACAGAAGUCAGGAUUGCUUCCAAGUUAUCCCCCUCGUGCUGGUUAUGGUUUGGUCGGCAGUCCCUAUGGUGCUCUUGGUGCAGGAUAUGGUGCUGCAGGUUUUGCACAGCCCAUGAUGUAUGGGAGGGGACCAACUCCUCCUGGCUUGGCAAUGAUGCCAAUGCUUCUGCCGGAUGGACGAAUUGGAUAUGUUCUGCAACAACCAGGAGCACAACCGCAUACUCCACCUUCACAUCAGAGAAGUGGUGGCAGGGGUGGGGGUGGUGGUGGUGGUGGGAGUGGCAGCAAGAGUAGUGGCAGUUCAAGUAGGGGAAGACACGGCAAUGAUGGUGGGCGCAGGUAUCGCCCGUAUUAAUUGCCCCCUCUCAAAUGCCAAAUAUCAUCAGAAAGUGUCUUCACUUAAUAUUAUUAUAUAUUUGAAAUUUAACAGCCUUAGCUUAUUUACGCAAGUGUGUAGUUGUAUUAUUUCUUGUAAUUCACUCAGUUAUUUUUAUAAACAUUAUUAGUCAGUCUUCUUGUUA